GAGCCUGGGUUUUGCUCGAGAAGGAAUCGUUCGACAAUUGGCCAUGGCUGCUGUUCUAUUAGGACUUGAUAGACAGAGAGGGGGGCAGAGACAUACCUUGUAUCUCGUCUCGGAAAAGUGACUAGCAAUCUGCUGAUACACUUCAUGCACGAACUUGGACUCGUACUCUUCGGCGUCGGGAUUAGAUUGUUCUGGUGUGUCUUGAGACUCUGUCAUGUCUAUUGUCUAUGAAAUGAGAUGAAACGUGAAGUUGAAAAAUAAUCGCUUAUCGAUACGCAGAAGUAGAGAACUACCUACCCCACAUGCUCCUCCCCUCUCUGACUCUCCUCUCUGACUCCCCGCAAUCGACAAUUUCUGGUUCAGGAGAUUCUCUUUCUUCAUAAACAACAUUACAGAACCAACAUGUCCUUUCAACCAACGCCUGCAGACGUCUCGGUCAUUAUAUCGACGGCAUCAACACAUUCGAGCAACGAACCAUCUCUCGCUACAGAACGACGCAUCACGCCGUCAUGGAGCAUAAGUCAACUCAAGGGGAAGCUCGAGACCAUGACUGGUGUUCCGCCAGGUAGUCAACGGUUAUUAUUCAAAUCUCCCGGAAGACCGGAUCAGUGGAUCGAAGGAGAAGAUAGACAGAUUUGCGAGUGGGGAUUAGCGAGGGGAUGCGAGAUUGAGGUCCACGAUACACGUCCACCAGCAGCACGGCCCAAUUUCGAGGAUCUGUCGUCCGUGGAGAAAUAUGAACUACCACCCGAAAAAUACGAGUCGCUGAGUAAUUCUGUGCUUGCAUGGAAAAAGUCGCAGAAAUUAGGCAGAUUUGACCCUAACGCGCAGUCCCCGGAAGAUCUUUUGAAGGAACAGGUAGCAAAGGAUGUUGAGGCAAUUGGAAAAAGAAAUAUAAAACUCCUCUCUCGAGUGAUCAUUCUCCCCUCCUCACCACCGCAUAUCCGUCGCGGCACAAUUCGAUAUAUCGGUCCAGUCCCCGAAAUCCCCUUUGCGCCGCUCAAGGAUAAUAAAAAAGCCACAACUGAAGAUGGCCAUCCGCUCGAACCGUUAUGGGUGGGCAUUGAACUAGACGAACCCACAGGUAAAAAUGAUGGAAGUAUAGCCGGGAAGAGAUACUUUGAAUGUUCCGGGAAUAAUAGAGGAGUAUUUGUGAAGCCGGAGAAGGUGGAAGUAGGUGAUUUUCCGCCGCUGGAUGAUGAUUUGGAGUUGGAUGAUGAUAUGGAGGAGAUUUAGAUACGAUACAAAUAAAAUGUCAAUUGAAUACAGAUAUUAUUACCGAAUCAUCACAUCAUGACCUAUCAAUCGCAGAAAACUGACAUGGUAUCAAAACAUGUCAAUCAUUCAACACCCUCGACCUGAUAAACCGUCACUAUAAACUUGCUCACUCCAUCCUCCACCGUCGCAUUUGCAAACGCUUCAAUCCACCCCAUUUUGUCUGCCGUAUCAUAUUUGUGGCAAACAUCAACCUCCCAUUCCGGAUACGUCUUGGGCACGAUUUUCGCGGACACGGACGAAUCGGCACAUGGAUGCCAGUCAGAUGUGAAAUCGUUUCCUGUACAGGUUGUGUUGAAACCUGGGUUGUUGGGACCUGCGACUCGGGUUACGGCGAACUUGUAGACGCACGCGGCCGGGGAACAGCCGACUGUGAAGUUGGAGACGGGCCAGAUAUCUGUUGCUGUGUUUGAUGUUGUUCUUUUGGUGAUUGGGCUGGCUGUGGUGACGGUGGCCAGGGCCAGGAGGGUGGAUGUAAUUCUCAUGGUGAUUUGUCCGUUGCAGUAAUUGAACGUGAUUACUCAGUAUCGAUCAAUUGAUUCGAGUAAGUAUUGAUUGAAGUUGAAGAUUAUUUGUUUGAAGUACAAUUCAUGAAUAGAGCAAAAGGAGAGACAAAGAUCUACAUAUAAAUCACCUACAUCAAACGAUAAUCCCUUCCAGCU